AUGACUUUGACGGGGCGCCCAUUGGCUUGGGCUAUUACGGCCACUGCUGGCAGCGGUUUCUUGCUUUUUGGGUAUGACCAAGGUGUCAUGUCUGGUUUGUUGACCGGCGACGCCUUUGUCGCGAGGUUCCCCGAAAUCGACACGACAAAGUCCGGUCAUGGCAGUUCUUCCUUACAGGGAACAGUUGUUGCUAUUUAUGAGAUUGGAUGCUUUCUCGGUGCCAUUAUUUCAUUGUUCGUCGGUGAGAGACUUGGCCGCCGCAAGUGCAUUAUGGCGGGAUGCGUUAUCCUGAGUAUCGGGGCUGCUCUUCAGUGCAGUGCCUAUAGCAUCCCGCAUCUGAUUGUUGGUCGUAUCAUUGCUGGUGUCGGCAAUGGUCUCAACACUAGUACUAUCCCUGUUUGGCAUUCCGAAUUGAGUAAAGCAGCAAGUCGUGGCAAAGGACUAGCUAUUGAGUUGGCUAUUAACAUCUUCGGCGUCAUGCUUUCAUAUUGGGUUGACUACGGAUUCUCAUACAAUUCAAGCGAGGCUCAGUUCCGCUUGCCCAUCGCUCUCCAAAUUCUCUUCGCCAUUUUGACCUUGAUCGGCAUUGUGUUCCUUCCAGAAUCCCCUCGUUGGCUCAUCAAGCAUGGGAAUGAAGACAAAGCCCGUCAUAUCAUCUGGAGGCUCCAAGAUAACGCCAAAGCGAUUGACGAGAACGAUGCCAUUGUCAACACUGAUGUGAGAGAAAUCUCACAAGCUAUCAGAGAGGAAGAGGAUGUAUCAGAGGAAAGCUCGUUUAAGCUCCUCUUCUCAAAUAACCAACAACGCUAUUUGUACCGCACCCUUCUGGGGAUGGGUGGACAAAUGAUGCAGCAAAUUUCCGGUAUCAACCUGAUUACCUACUAUGCUACUGUAAUUUUCGAAGAUUCAGUUGGAAUGGACCAUAACACUGCCCUUCUGCUGGCUGGAUUCAACGGUGUCGCCUACUUCUUCUCUUCUAUGGUUCCUAUUUGGGUUAUAGAUCGACUGGGUCGUCGUAAGUUGAUGAUGUUUGCUGUGCUCGGUCAAGGUGCGUGCAUGGCCAUCCUGGCAGGAACCAUAUGGGAUGGCGGACACGCCGCUGGAUUAGUCGCGACCGUAAUGCUGUUCUUGUUCAACUUCUUCUUCGGAGUUGGUCUUCUAGCCAUUCCCUGGUUACUGCCCGCGGAGUAUUCUCCUCUUGCCAUUCGAACUCGCUCAGCUGCUUUGGCAACAGCAACUAAUUGGAUUUGCACUUUCUUGGUUGUGGAGAUUACGCCUGUCAGCAUUCACAAUAUCGGCUACCGCACCUACAUUUACUUCGCCAUCUUCAACUUCUGCUUCUUCCCUCUCAUCUACUAUUUCUACCCAGAGCCUCGGAACCUCACCUUGGAGCAGAUCGAUCGUCUAUUCACUGGUGAGAAGGUUCAGCUUCACUGGCACCCAUCGAUGGGCAUGGCCGGCGAUGUCGAGACCCGAGUGGCCAAUGGAAAGGACUUGGAGGCUGUCGAUGCUGAACAUAUUGAGUAG